GUCAACCUGACAAUUUACAGGCAAUACGUUCGGUAGAAUUUCGGAUAUACUCGUAAAAUCCCCGGAUGUACGACGUGUUUACAUUUUAUUCGACUUUACAUGAAAUCAUCCACGUAUUUUGUUGAUUUUCGCUCAUUUUCUGGUAAAAUAAAAAUGUUCUCAAGUUACCACUGAACGUUUAGAAGAAUAAGCCAUUACCAUUGUGAUAUAUUGUCAAAAUGCGAGGCUGGUUAUUAAGUAUUGGAAGUAUUGUUCUGACAUGUUUGGUAUUAGGGAAUGCGUACCAUCAAAAAAGGCAAUUUUAUCCUUCAGUCGUCUACAUUACCAAGUCCAACCCAAGCUUAGCGGUGCUCUAUUUGCAAGCCUUCGUGUUUGUUUUACUUCUUGGACAACUGUCUCGAAAAAUGUUUUUUGGUCAACUGCGAGCUGCUGAAACUGAGCAUCUAAUUGAACGAUCAUGGUAUGCUGUGACAGAGACUUGCCUGGCAUUCACAGUGUUUCGAGAUAACUUCAGUCCUCUCUUUGUUGCCCAGUUCACCAUGUUAUUAUUUCUCAAGUGUUUUCACUGGUUGUCUGAGGAUAGAGUGGAAUAUAUGGAGAGAAGUCCCUUGAUUUCUUUUCUCUUUCAUUUUCGAGUCUUAAGUCUUCUGACCUUACUUGGAACUCUAGACUCUGUGCUCAUUCAUAAAGCUUAUCACAGCAUCCUCACAAGUGGAGCUUCAACACAACUUGUGUUUGGUUUUGAGUAUGCCAUAUUGUUGACAAUAGUUGUUGCCGUGUUUAUGAAGUAUGUUCUACAUACAAUUGAUUUGCAAAGUCCAAAUCCUUGGGAAAAUAAAGCUGUUUGCAUUUUAUACAGCGAGCUUAUUAUGGGUUUCAUUAAAUCCUUGCUUUACAUUAUAUUUAUGUUGAUAAUGGUUCGUGUCCAUACAUUUCCAUUGUUUGCUAUCAGACCAAUGUACUUAACCUUCCGGUCAUUCAAGAAAUCUGUGAGUGAUGUGAUUAUGUCCAGAAGAGCAAUUCUCAACAUGAACACACUUUAUCCUGAUGCCACACCAGAAGAACUUGCGAAUGGAGACAAUGUAUGCAUCAUUUGUCGUGAAGAGAUGACUGGUCAAGCAAAGAAGUUACCUUGUAAUCAUAUAUUCCAUGUUAGCUGUCUACGUUCAUGGUUUCAACGUCAGCAAACCUGUCCAACAUGUCGUAUGGAUGUGUUGCAACCACCUCGUGUGACACAACCUGCACCACCUGCAGGUGUUGAAGUACCUCCUCAAGCAGGUGGCGGGCCUCCUCCAUUUCCCAUGUUUCCGAGGGGGUUCUUUCCACCAGGUGCCCAUCCUGUUGCACUCCAAGCUGGUAUUCCUGUUCCCCCACCACCUGCUCCACCAUUUACACCUGGGCAAGUUCCCCCACCACCAUUUGCAGCUGGGCAAGUUCCCCCACCACCAUUUGCAGCUGGGCAAGUUCCCCCACCACCAUUUGCAGCUGGGCAAAUUCCCCCACCACCAUUUGCACCUGGGCAAGUUCUCCCACCACCAUUUGCACCUGGGCAGGUUCCCCAACCACCAUUACCUGGACAAGCUCCCCAACCAGCUGCUCCAGGUCAAGUUCCCACCUCAUCUGCCUCAUCUAGUUCUCAGUCACCAUUCCCAAACAUGGUACCAGGCUUUCUUCCACCAUUUCUCCCUCCAUUUCCAAUAUUACCUCCUAUGCUUGGAUUUCAAAACCCCAUGAAUGCAUCAAACAUUAAUCCAUGUUUAUCUCUGGAAGAACUCCAAUUGAUGGAAGGUGUUGAAAGAAGAAAUGUUGAAGCCCGUAUUGCAGUUUUGAAAAAUAUUCAUUCUUUACUUGAUGCUGCGAUUUCACAGCUAAAUCAAUAUUCAAAGGUUGUGACUGGAAAACCUCCGAGCACUUUUACACCAGACGCUGAAUGCACAGCUGGAACAUCUAGUGCCAGUAAUGUUGCACCUGAAGGCGAAAACCUUGUAUCAUCAACUGCAGAUAUCCCUGGACCGAGUAUGACUGGUACAAUAGAUGACGUACUAACAUCUACAUCUGAUGUAACACAACCUAAGCCUGAACCAAUCAUUGCAGAGAACGCCAAUAAGGAGAACCUUGAGUCUAGCAAUGAUGAUUUACGUCAACGAAGAAUCUUGAGAUUUUCAUCUCGACCUGAUAACGAAGACGAGUAAUUUGGAAGACAUUAAAGAAAUUAUAGAAAAUUUUCCAGUGUGUUGGUGAGAUGGAAGAAAAAAUGUAGUACCAUAGAAUAAUGAGAUGUAAUAAAACGUUUUGUACAUAUCGCAGUCACCAAAACCACAUAAUCUGACGAUGUUAUUAAUUAUAGUUUUUGUGGAUAGCUUGUAUUGCACGAGAUCAGACCAUAGAAACCAUUCGCUCUUAAAGUGCCUAUGCAGUGAAAUUUUCAUACAUUGUUUUAUUUGCUUAUUCAAAAGUACUUGCUCUCAGCAUCAUUUUUAUAGAAACAAAGUUAAAUUUUGUCUUUUUAGAUUGAAUUUAUAAACGUCAAAA